CUUUACAUUUCAUUCACUUGCUUCCAGUCAACUACUGAAGUUCGAUUUGUUCUUGUUCUCUCUCUACGGAUUAAUUUUUGUGUAUUUUUGCAUUUUUUUUAAAUAAUUUAUUAAAAAACCCAAUCAUGGCACCAAUUGGAAACAACGAAUACGAUUAUGACUUGGUUGUCAUUGGUGGUGGAUCUGGUGGUUUAGCCUGUGCUAAAGACGCUGUAGCAAACGGUGCUAAAGUAGCUGUACUGGAUUAUGUGGCUCCAACACCAACAUGGGGCACUAAAUGGGGUAUCGGUGGUACUUGUGUUAAUGUUGGGUGCAUUCCCAAAAAGUUGAUGCAUCAAGCAGCUAUCUUGGGUGAGGGUAUUCAUGAAGCUGAAGCUUAUGGUUGGCAAAUUGAAAAUGCCAAACAAGUUAAGCCAGACUGGUCCAAACUUGUGGAAUCUGUCCAAAACCACAUCAAGUCAGUUAACUGGGUGACCAGGGUUGACCUGAGAGACAAGAAAGUAGAGUACAUCAAUGCCCAGGGUUCAUUUAAAAACGCCAACACCGUCAUUGCUCGCAUGAAGAAUGGAACUGAGAAAGAACUUACAGCUAAGAAUAUUGUCAUUGCUGUUGGUGGUCGUCCACGUUACCCAAACAUCCCCGGAGCUGUUGAAUACGGUAUUACUAGUGAUGAUAUUUUCAGUUUGAACAAAGAACCUGGCAAAACUUUGGUUGUUGGAGCUGGAUAUAUUGGUCUUGAAUGCGCUGGUUUCCUUAAGGGACUCGGCUAUGAUGCCACCGUUAUGGUGCGUUCAAUUAUCCUUCGUGGAUUCGAUCAACAAAUGGCCAAUAUUGUUGCCGAUGCUAUGGUCGAAAGGAAUAUCCCCUUCCUCCGAUCGACUGUUCCAAAAUCGGUCGAAAAGACCGAAGAUGGACGUCUUCUUGUCAAGUACAUCAAUACUGAAACCAACGAAGAAGGUAGCGAUGUCUACGAUACCGUUUUGUGGGCAAUUGGACGUAAAGGUCUUGUUGAUGACUUGAAAUUGGACAAUGUUGGUGUAGUAACCAAAGGUGAUAAGAUUCCAGUCAACGAAAAAGAGGAAACCAACGUACCUAACAUUUAUGCUGUUGGUGACAUUAUUCACGGCAGGCCCGAAUUGACCCCUGUGGCUAUUCACGCUGGUCGUUUAUUAUCACGUCGUAUUUUCAAUGGUGCUACUCAAUUGAUGGACUAUGAUAAUGUAGCUACCACUGUGUUCUCACCUUUGGAAUACAGUUCCGUUGGUCUGAGUGAAGAAAAUGCCAUUGCCAAGCUUGGUGAAGACAAUGUGGAAGUGUACCAUGGAUAUUACAAACCGACUGAGUUCUUUAUACCUCAAAAGAGCGUAAGGUAUUGCUAUCUUAAAGCUGUAGCUGAACGUUCAGGAGACCAAAAAGUUUUGGGUCUUCAUUAUAUUGGACCAGUUGCUGGUGAAGUUAUGCAAGGAUUUGCUGCUGCAGUGAAAUCUGGAUUAACAAUGAACAUUCUCUUGAACACUGUUGGAAUUCAUCCAACAACUGCUGAGGAAUUCACACGUUUGGCAAUCACAAAGCGAUCUGGCUUGGACCCUACCCCAGCUACCUGCUGCAGUUAAAUUGUUUGCUCAUACAUCACAACCAUCAACACCAUCAAAAUGAGCGAGCAGCUUAGCUGUCUUUGCUCAAUUUCUACAUAUAUUUCUUCACCAACGAAUUCCUGUCCCGGAAAACUCACAUAUUAAUAAUUUCUCCCGCUUGAUCAGGAGCGAAGAAAAAAAAUUUGUUUUUAUUUGAUUUUCCAUUGUACGUGUUUAACAUGAGAAAAAAAUAUAUAAUUUGUAUUUAGUUAAGUUAAAUAAAAAAAACUAAAAAAAAAAAAUUCAAUCAUUCACACUUUGAAAUGGACAGAGGUUUACUUAAGCUAAGCACCAGUAUUUGAAUAAUUUUUAUAUCGUUUCAAUAAAAAUGGCUACACAUUGUUCAACAACAUA